CUCUUUUUUAUAGUCUUUGCAACUCUGACUGAAACCCUCCAAGAACCUUCCCUUCCCUUGCCUCUAGGCGUCUGCUCCCCUCCCAAUUCCCUUCCUUUUUAUUUUAAGCACUCCCUACUCCACUUCUCUGCCCAACAAAUCUCUCUCUAUGUCUCUCCCCGCCGAGUGGCCGACCACAAUGGCCGGGCAAGAUGAUAAAUUGCCUCGUGAAAGUCUCCCAACCCAAACCGGCUACGCUCUCAGAGGUAAAAUCAUGCUGAGCGCGAUAGUGAUCUUGUUCUUCGUUGUCAUCCUCAUGGUUUGCCUCCAUCUCUACGCCCGCUGGUACCUCCUCCGCGCGCGCCGUCGCCACAAUCGUCGCAAUCGUCGCCGCAACAACUUCGUUUUCUACGUGGACCAUAACCCCAACGCCUCCGCCGCCUCAGUCACCGUCCCCACCCGCGGCCUCGACUUGUCCGUGCUCAAGGCCAUCCCAGUCUUUCUCUACUCCUCUAAGACUCACCCGGAGAAGCCCAUCCCGGAAUGCGCUGUUUGCCUGUGCGAAUUCGAGGAGAACGAGACGGGUCGUACCCUACCCAAGUGCGGCCACAGCUUCCACAUAGAGUGCAUUGACAUGUGGUUUCAGACUCAUUCUACUUGCCCUCUCUGUCGGUCCCCCGUUGAAUCCGGUCACGCAUCCGAGAACCCGGCCGAAGUAGUUAUAUCCGUGUCUGAAUUGGCGGGAAUUGAAGCGGGAUCCAGCUCCGGUUUGUGCUCGGAUUGUCACCACGAAGGGGAGCAGACGGGUCAAGCUUCUUCGUCGAUUGCGAGUCGAAGGAAACCCGUGGAGUUUGUGGGAGUCUCCAUAGAGGUCCCGAGCAGGAACGAGAGUUUCAGAGACGACUCGAUGUCUGGCUCUCCGGCGAGUCAAGGUGGCUUCAGAUCGCCAAUGAGUCGCAUGUUGUCCUUGAAAAGAAUUCUCAGCAGAGACAAGAGAGCGAGCGUGUCGCCGUCCACGGGGAACGCGGUGAGUUGUAGUUCGGUGAUCGAGUCGGAUAUUGAGCAUGGAGGAAACGAUGCGAAUCGGCAAACUCAGGGCUGACUCGGUAUGGCUCGGUUGUAUUAGUAUGUGACCGACAAGGAUACGUUUUGUGCUAGACUUCUCUAGCAGCCUUUGGUUGACGUAGAAUGUUUGACCGUUGUAUAUAAUUACUAUCUCAUGUUCUCAUCUGAUUGAUAUUUUCUCAGAUAUUUUGUUCCA